UUUAGUUUUUCUCCCUCGGAACAUCUCUUGCGUUUUCUUCACGAUGUUGUUAAGGUUUUGAGUUUUGCUAAGAACACUCCCUCAUCAAAGAGACUAAAAGAAACAGAUUGGGAUGGAGUCGACACUGUAUAUUGGAUUGAUGCCUAGAUCUAGAGCUGAUGAGUGUCUCCGGGAAUGAUCGGUCGUAUUUGUACCAGGAUCAAUAUGUCAUGCCGAAAGUGUUCAUGUGGUGCCAGUCUGUUUAUCAGGACAUUUCACACGUUGAUUUGUCUUGCCGUGCCCACAACUCUGCUUUUCAAAAAAACAGCCCUACAGCAUGCCCUGCUGGAGUUUGCUGACCCGCUGUAUGGAAUUAGCUAUGUGGUUCUCCUGGUGUUCUCGCUCAUUAUGUACUUCACAGCCUGUCUCAGCGACCCAGGGUAUGUCCCUGUUAUGGGACAUAAGAAGUCAGCUGUUGCCCGCCCCCCUCAGGAUGACAGUGAUGAAGAUGUUGACCCAGAGACAGAGGACCAUACACCUAUGUUACGGACAGCCACAGGAGAGAUAGACACAGAAAAACUCUACAGAUACUGUGAUUAUUGUGAAAUUGAGCAACCAAUGAGAAGUAAGCACUGUGAAGAUUGUAACAUGUGUGUGAGAAAGUAUGACCACCACUGUCCAUGGCUGGAGACAUGUGUCGGGGAGAGAAACCAUCGCUUCUUCUGGCUCUUUCUCCUGUCAACCUCUUUUCUCAUCGUCUGGACAUUUGUUAUCACGUGGAGGGCCUUUGAUCACGAAGAUGGUUGGGAGGGCUGGUUCCACAACAAUGUCUUCCUCUUUAUUGACAUCAUGGUGCUGAUCUUUGGUGGCUUCACUGUGUUUGGACUGCUUGCCUUUCAUUCUUAUCUGAUGGUGAAAAAUAUGACCACUUGGGAAUGUGCAGCCAGGGAAAAAAUAACAUACCUGAAAUAUCUCGACGAUGACUAUAACCCAUUCGAUCAGGGGUGCUUCCAUAAUAUGUACUAUUUUCUGUGUCGGACCAAGAGCAGAAGGUGGGAAGUGCUUUAUGAAAAGAAGACGGAAAUACGUAAAAAGAAUAGCGGGAUUGUGUAGUGAUCUUUUUUAUGUUGAGCAAAUAAUAUGCCUAAAUGAUUUUUAAAAAUAAUUUUUUUAUUUCAACACUACAUGUCAAAAUAAUUUAAUCCAAAACAUUAUGGUUUAAUGAAGUAAAACAAAAUGUUAAGAAGAAUUGGUCAGAGUCAUAUUGUGAAGUGCCAGGGAAAGGUUGAAACCAAUAUUUUAACCGAUCAAGUUUUUCUGUGAUAUACAUGUAGAUAGUGACAAUAUAUAGUAGUAUAUAUAUGCUGUUAGUCUGAUUCCGUUAGUGUGUCUAUCUCAGACUCUCCAUUACAUGACUACUAUGAAUGUAUUGUAAUGGUGUAUUGAAAACAAAAGACAAAAGUUCACAUACAUUGUAUAUAUGUUCGCCUUUAAGAUUUCACAAUGGUCAGAUAAAUCUUUUUUUUUCUUUACAUUAUAAGUAGUGUGAUGAAAAUCAGUUUUAACUUGUUUCCAUUUCAAAUGCAAUUCUUGACAAUUGUACCGCAACAUUUCUAGGCUUGCUUAAGAAGUCUUCUAUUAUAGCUAUAUAAUGUAUAUAAAGGAAACUUUAUGGAUUUAGAAAUAGUUUUUUUGAAUAUCUUAUCAGGUUUACUGCUGUGGUACGUAGAGUUUUGUACAGUAUCAUUUCUGUAAUCGUAUUUCUCGAUUUAUAUGUAAAGGGGCCAUUUGAAUACUGUAAAUGCUGUAUUGACAGUGUUAUCAUGUAUAAGCAAAAAAGUGAUAUCUUAACAUUGAUUCAUAGUAAAGUUAUUUCAGGGUUAUUUCAGUAUAUGAAGAAUAGGGUAGUAUUAAUCCUUCUUUUUAACCCUCUAUCCACUCAUCUUUUUAAGCAAAUUUUAUGAAUGACUUAAUGCCAAUCAUGAUCUAAAAUUAAUACCCCAUUUUGCUCAUAUAUUAUCACAUUGUAAUUAUUUGUGUUGCAAUUUUAUUCCUAGUUUAGCCCCUUCUGCAGUGAUACAAUUCUGUGAUAAAAAUUCAACUACAUACAUCAAGUGAUAAUCAGUUAUCAUGUCUUAACAAUCGACCAUUUAUUUUCAUAUUCCCAAUUUGAACUUGAAUUUGAAAUUGAUAAAAAAAAUCAGUCUUAUUAAAAUAUAACCUUUGUAUCAUAUAAUUAUUCUGAGAGUUAGGAGAAACUCUGAUAUUUUAUUACAAUGUAUUACCAAGUUGUAAUGAAGAUACAUGUAUUUAAUUUGCAAUAUGUAAAGCAAUAAAUUCCAUAUGAUGCCAUUAUCUGAAGUUAAGGUAAAGGAGGUGAUAUUGUGGACAAAUAUGUGACGUAGCAUUUAUGUGGAGGAACACAUCUACUUGAUAAAGAAAUACAGUAACUGUACUAUGACAUGGGUGUCACGUUUAUUGCAUAUCAUUACACACAUUUCUUUUAUGGAAUCCUGAGGAGUAGAUAAUGAUAUUGAUAAUUUACAAAGGUGUAAAAUGGAAUUACAAUGUUUUGUAAGCCAUAGAUUUUAAUCCAUCCAAAUUGUUUGGUCAUUAAAUAUCAACGAGUUUGUUAAAAGGAGUUAUGACAUGUGUCCAUUGUACUAUGUAUUGCCCGAGGUGCCGUUGAGGACUUCAAUUGUAUUGAAAGUUAAUUAGCUAUGUCAGUAAGAUAAACAAUGAAAUAAGAUGUUUUUAUAUAUUUUAUACUAAAGAUACUGAUAGACUAGAAAUAAUACUGUGUUAGAUAUAUAGUCAGAAGUAAUUUAGCAUCAAAUGAGAAAAAUUGUUUUUAUCUUGUAUUUUGGAGAUUGUAAUUACUGCAUGUAUUAUGGAAGAGGAGAACAUACAUGUGUAUUAAUAUACUGUGUAUAAACAAUAACUGUCAAAACCUGUUGAUUUUCAUGUUGUAUCAUGUAUGUUUAAUGGCUGAGAAACAUUUGGAGUAAGUACUGUAUAUCUGAUAGUUAGUUUUGUAGUGGUUCAAAUAUUUGCCAAAAAUCAGAGCAAUCCAAUCCUUAGUGGAUUUUUGGCAAAUAUUUGAAUCAUCUACAAAACUAACUAUCAGAUAUACAGAAUAUAAUCAGAAAUGUAGAUAAAUUUCUUGAUAUUUUUCCAUUCCCUGAAAAUGUUACUGCAUUUACUAGGUCAAAGGUCAAAAAGAUGCAAAGCAAGUACAUCCUGUUUUUGCUAAAUUGGGUAUACUAAUCUUUAUGAGAAGGCUCCAGGGUAGUAAACAGUUGUGAAGUUUUUCUCAAUCUUCAUUGAGCAAUCUACAAAGGGCAAUUCCAGGGGAUAAACAAAAAUCAGACUGUCAAAAUUUCAAAGUCCUAUAUGGUGGUAUAAGUAAUAAUCUACAAAUGCUGAAAAUAAGCAGAAACUCGUCGGAUUGGGUUACUGUACCCAGCUGUAAGUAUAUCUUUGAUAAAAGUAUUUCAUUUAUUUUCUCAGCUUUAAAAAUAUUGCUGCGUUAUCUAAAAAAAAAUCAUCGACACAUGUGUGCUUAUGGUGGAAUAUACACUGUAUAUCUAA